GUCAACACGCAUUUCCCCUUUCCCUCUGCGUACGCAUGCGCGGUCGGCGCUUUCGGCUGCCGGAGGGAGGGCGGACGAUGGCGGCGGCCUCGCUGUGGAAAGGGCUGGUCGGGGUCGGCCUCUUCGCCUUGGCGCACGCGGCCUUCUCCGCCGCCCAACAUCGUUCCUAUAUGAGACUAACAGAAAAGGAAGACGAAACCUUGCCAAUAGAUAUAGUUCUUCAAACACUGCUGGCCUUUGCGGUUACCUGUUACGGGAUAGUACACAUUGCAGGAGAAUUUAAAGACAUGGAUGCGACUUCAGAGCUGAAAAAUAAGACGUUCGACACAUUGAGGAACCACCCCUCCUUCUAUGUAUUCAACCACCGGGGCAGAGUCUUAUUCCAAUCCCCAGAUGCCAUCCAGCCGCCCUCCUCCAAGCAAGACGAGUUGUCCGGCGCGUCACUGAAAUUGCGAAAACUUGAACCUCUCCGCCGUUAAGAUUUUUACAGAAGAUUCUAAACCUAGGACGCUGAGCUAUAUAAUAUUUGAGUUUGUGGGGUGUAAACACUCUUCUUUUUUAAUUUCUGGAGCAGUAUUUAUAUUGAUCUUCCAGACUUUAUAAGAGAUAUAUUAUAUAUAAAUAUAUAGAAAACAAUAUUGAAAAGGACCUUCUCUGAACACUGUUCACGACAAUUGCCGCAUUGCGAAUUGAGUAAACGGUGUAAAUGAUGGCUGGAAUUAUGCUGUGAAAAAAACCAACAUGUCACCUUCUUCCCUUUCGUCCAUUAAAACACUAUUGUGAUUGACUCCCUGAAAACAGUUUAUUUCCCCCCUGCAAAAAAAGCCAAAUGAUGUUUUUUAAUGCAAUUGAUAAGCACAGAGAAAGGGGGCAUUGGCUUAUUGAAUGCGAAGGAAGGAGGCAACUGUGCUGGGUCCGUCCCCUUUCCCCAUCGAUGGAAGACAAACGAUUGUGUUAUUUUCGCGUCUCUGGCACUUUGAGAUCAAUAUCGGAGCCGCUUAUGCGAUAUGAGUUCCACUUUAAAAGGCAGAGCUAUUCAAGACAGACUGUACUGAAAUGGGAACUCAACCCAAAACAAUGCUAGUAGGCGAACACUAUUGGUCUGUGUCUUUAAGCUGCCUUGAAAUAAAAGUUUUCAGCAGGACUGUAAGGAUGUUGAACAAAGAUCGCCUACUUUUUUGUGAUCUGGCUCCAUAUAUAUAUGUAUGUAUGGCGCAACCGGAUCAUUGCAUGGCUCAGGAUUGUAUGCCUAGGCAAGAGCAGGAGAACUUCAAUGAACAAAUGGCUUGUAAUACGCCAGGGACACUCAAGGAAAGCUCACUUAUGUUCCUCUUGUUCUAAUGUUCGUUCUUCGGCUCUUAAGGUCGCAUUUUUCACUCAGUUCUUGCAUCUGUGUGCUGUCUUGUCGGGAAAGGAGAGCUUGUGGGCCGCCGCAUUCUUGUUUGCCCAACCGAACACGCUCAACUUGUUUUCCCUCCCUCUUUCUGCAUCUGAUCGCCAGGGAAGAUUGCUUUGUGAGUCGCCAGCCUCGGAGCAUAAAUAAAAGUCAUUUGCAAAGCCGCUCCAUUGGAUUUCCACAGGAUCAGACGAGUUCCAACUAAUGACCAGGGAGGCAGGAAAGAAGUCCUCUCCCAUCUUGGACAUUUUCCCCAUAAAGAGAUAAGUUCUUUCCAUUGGGAAAGCAAGGGACAUGCCCUCUACCACCUUGCAAAGUGGCAUCAAUAUUGUGGUUUUAUUUGCAAGUCUCUGGCAAAACUCACCAACCCAGAGAAUGGAGUCCUUAUCUAACCAGUCUAGAGAUUGGGGAGCUCUUGUACACCACCCUCAUCAUUUUCUACAGUAGAAGUGGAGUUUGUGUGGCCCUCCAGAUGUCGUUGACUACAACGCCCAAGGCCUUGGCCAUUCUGAGCCAGGGAUAAUGGGAUUUGCAAACUAGAGGGCAACUGUUUAUCCUUUCCUGCUCUUUGUGGAUAUGGUCUUGGAGCGAGAAAACCAAGCACAAAGGAAGGAUAAAGGCGGAGAAGAUGUGGCCUUGUUGACUACGGCAACCCGUCCCGUUCUUUGGACCUCCUUUCAGCAUCAUGGCCCUUAUUGUGAGUAGAUGCCGACUCUCCUUCUUCUCUUCUCGGAAGGUGUAACAGCAAGGCUCCGAUUUGUGCUGAAAAGUAGGUGCCAUUUGGCUCUGGAGUCUGAACCUUUUGGUUUGUUCUCCUUGGUGGUCUGCCGUAAUCCUUAUUUUAGUCCCAACUAACAUACUGCACAGCGUCAACUCUUAAAUUUUGCCAUUCUCCCAGGACACGAUGCUGUGAUCUUGACAAUAUUGGGCCUGUGUUCAUGCGGGAAGCUCUUGUGACCUAUUUCCCGGCAUGCAAAUAUUCAGGAAUUGCUGUGACAGGAGAGAAAUCCAUUCUGAAUGUUUUGUCCCCUGGUUUAAUGACAUUUAGGACUAGCGAUUGUUUUUAAGACUAAUUUAAUGGUUAAAAGUUGUGGGGGGAGGUUCAUACUAAUGUGAGUAACAGGAAAAGGUUAUUGGGAGAAAGCAAAACCAUUCUAAAAUAACUAUUUGCUCAUUGAGUUUUGCGUUUUCUUACUACUUUGUAUGGUUGUCCUUCCAAGCUGGGCUCCUCACAAGCCAAUUUAGUCAGAACCUGCUCCUUCCCAAUUGCUACUAAGUUGGAGCCUUGCUCCAGUUAACAGGCUUUUCCUCCUUAUUUAUGUAUAUGUUACCAAGGUUACGCCCUCUUAAAAAAGUCCUUUCUGGGCUGUUUAAACUUGCAAGGAGUAGCUGCCUUACCCUUAUGCAUCCAUGUUUCUUUCACAAGUGUGGAAACUGUUUUUCUCCUUUUUUGAUCUUGCAAAUGUCCAAUAAACAAUAUUACAUAG